CAAGAAAAAUUCUUCCAGCACAUGCUUCAUAAAACCGAAAUACGAAUGGAAGAACUAAAAGAAAAUCUAAAAGGAGAACUGAAGGAAAGCGUCAUGAAAAUCGACGACGAGGUUAAAAGAGAAGUGCAUACAGUACAAGAGGAGAUGAUAGGACUAGAAAAGAGAGUCGAAAAACAGAUAGCGCUUCUCAAAAAUCAAGAUCGCCGAGACAGGGUUGCCACAUCUACAAUUUCCGUGAAACCACCGACUUUUGAUGGACAGUCGUCUCGGUCCAUGUACCGCCGCCAAUUCGAGGCUGCGGCACAAACUACUUAUAGUAGGUGGUUUGUGGGCUGCGGCAACGACGAAUGGAUGGGGUGAAGAGGAGAAAGCUACAGCACUUAUCGUAGCUCUGAGAGGGCCAGCCUUGGGUAUGCUGCAAACGAUACCCACCGAACAACAGAGUAAAUACGAAGAUCUGAUAUCUGCACUAGAGUUACGGUAUGGCGAUCAACACAUAGAACAGCUGUACCGAGCCCAA